AUGAAGAAAAAAAUAUUAGGACGCAAUUCCAAGACACAAUCUGAUAAAAUGGAAGAGCUAAUUGAGACCAUAAGCGCUUCAGUGGAAACUACCGAGAAGGCCGUUAAAGAAAUGUUGGGGUCUUUGGAUAGUGAACUUCCAGAGAUCAUAAAAGCUGUCAAGGGUGAGGGGUCUGAUGUUGAAGGAGUAUCGUUGUUAGACUUGAAGAACUCGGCUAUCGCUUCCUACGUGAAUAGCCUGAUUCUCAUUAUACUAAGUAACAUUGAGAGAAUGAAGUUAAAUGGAAAGGAUGAAGAGUUUAACUUUCAGAGAGAAUCGAUCGUGAAAAAUAGUAUUGUGCAGAGAGUUACUCUUGAUAAGGGAGUCAAGGGUUUGGAGAAAAGAUUACAGUAUCAAAUAGAAAAAAUGGUAAGAGCAUAUACUCGCAUGGAGCAAGACGAGAAAGAUUUAAAAGAGAAACAAACUCAACAGUUGGACGAAGAUGGAGAAGAAAAAGAAGAGAUGGAUGAAGCUGAGAAAGAGGAAGAAGAAGAAGAGGAAGAAGAAGAAGAAGAAGGCAUGUCAUACAGACCAAACCCUUCAGCUAUGUUGGAGAAACUCAAAUCAAGCACCUCCAAACCUUUGUCUUCAAGUUCUUCCGAUAAAUAUAGACCACCCAGAAUUGCAGCUGUUGCACCUCCAAGUAGUGAAGCCAACCAGGAAAGAUCAAAGAAAAAGCACAAGAAGUUGCAGAGUAUGGAGGAAUACUUGCAAGAGACCAACGAGGCUCCUAUGUUGACGGAGAGUGUUGGGUCUAACAUCAUGGCACAUGGUAGAGGAGGUGUUAAGACAUCUAGAGAGCGUGAUAGAGAGGAAGAGAUCAGAGAAUACGAGGAGACCAAUUUCACUAGAUUACCAACUUCGGUUACUGAGAAGUCAAAGAAACAAAAGAAAGAUCAUAGAUUGAACACCUUUGCAGGAGAGGAUUGGUCAUUCUUUGGCAAGGACAGAGAUGAAGACAUGAAGAAAAGUGCGAGGAAGAAUAAAAAUACUGCUUCCUCCGCCUGGGAAAGAGCAAAAAGACGCAGAGGAAACUAA